AUGGGUGCUGCUGAUGUAGAAGGCCGAUUUGUAGGCCCUAUGCCUAUCAAAAAUAUGCUGAAGUUGUUACCAGUUACGGAUCUGAAGGCGAAAUUCAUACCGGACUUUGCGCAUGAUUGCUUCUCUGCGUUGGAUGUACAGGAAGAGAAGAAGGAGAUGUGUGAUUCAUUCCUCGUCAACUCGUCGACAUAUUCCUAUGCAGAUUCAGAGGCUUUGUUGGCGGAUGUGGUGGCGUACAGACAGAGUGUAGCAGUCCCGCAAAACGGCAUCGACUACAUGGAGCUGGAGUUGGCUUUUGACAUUAGAACCACACGAGAUAGAGCCGACCCUUUCGAUCAUAGAGCCACCAAGGAUAGUACUGGCUUAGAAAGCCAGUCGGAAUCCGAGUCUCAAUAUCCUUUCGAGGCCAGAGGCAACGCGAACAAGGUGUGUCGAAGGCGGAUAUGCAAUUAUGCAAAAAAGUGGCUCUCAGCUCAACACCGCGUGCAUUGCUACGUCGUGUAUGUUGGUGAUCCCUACACGCGGAUUAUUCGUUUUGACCGUGCGGGUGCGCUCGUCUCUGAACAGAUUAAUUAUCGGAUUGAUGGACAUUUACUUCUGGAAUUUCUCUGGCGACACUCUCAAACCACUGACGAAGCUCGUGGGCACGAUACAACGGUCAGAAUAGUGCCUCUAGACGACGAGAAAUUCAAGCUGGCACAGAGUAAGCUAUACCAAUGGCGACCACAAAAUGAUAACGUGAAGGUUCUCGAAAUGGAUAUUCCAACAAAUGCUGGUGGGGUGGCACAUACAGUUUAUGUUUGGGGAGCCUUAUCAGAACCCUACUUGGUGACUGGAAGAGCGACUCGAGGAUACCCGGCAUGGGACCCCAAUCGUCCCGAGGGGGAGGACAUUGUCUUUUUGAAGGAUUCCUGGAGAUCUUGUGCGCCAGGUAUGGAAAAGGAAACCGACAUACUUCAGACUCUGAACAAACAUGGUGUCCGAAACGUACCACAAUACCUCUACGGCGACGACAUACCUGGCCACAUGACAAUCACCCAGGAUUAUGCCGCAGCGGAAUGGAAUGCAGGUGGAGUCGCGAAGGACGUUAUAAAGAGAGUGCACAUUAGAUUCGUUGAAGACGUUGUCGGUCUUCCUCUCUGGGAGUUCGAGAACCCAAGGCAGUUGGUCGUGGCUAUACAUGAUGCUAUAAUUGCUCACCAAGAUGCGUAUCAGCUCUGCGGAAUUCUACACAGAGACGUGAGCCUAGGAAAUAUCCUACGGAGGAGAGAUGGUAAAGGUGGAGUGCUGAAUGACUGGGACCUAGCAGCACGCUACAACAUUGAAACACAUACUCCUCUCAAGCAGCAAUCUCGGUCGGGAACGUGGCAGUUCAUGUCAAUAGGACUUCUCAAGGACCCGUCAAAGGUUCACCACUGCAUCGACGACGCCGAGUCUUUUAUUUGGGCCCUUCUUUACUGCACAAUGCGUUACAUGAAGACCAGCAUUGUGCCUAUAAGGUUACAAAAUACCAUGGGAGAUCUAUUUGACCAAGUUAACCGAGGCUUACCAGGCGAAUUAAACACUGGCGGGGCAGGCAAACUAUCUUUCGUCAUCAGCAAUCAUUUUAGCUUCAAAGGCUUCGUUGUUAACGAAAAUGAACCACUAACGGAUCUCAUAGAUACCCUUUUUGACGACAUUGUUUAUACAUAUCGUUGCCAUCUUAUGGAGUUGCGCAAAUGCGUCAAACAGCUUAUGGUAAACCAACAAUAUACUUCCGAACAGGCUCACGAAAUCUUUGACCGCAAAACCAGCGAGUUAGGAGUACAGCUUUAUCAACUUUUGGAAUCAACUUUAAAGGAGUCCCUCAACAAGGAUUGGCCAAACAGUGAUCUCGGUUGGCACGAUUACCUCGAACUGUUAAAGACCGCAAAUGCUAAAAAGCAUCCCGUCGACUCCGCGUUUAGUUCUGUUUUGGAUGGGUCUCCCUUGCACCAACCAAGGAAGAGACAGAAGCAUUCCAAUGAUACACCAUACCUUUCUUCCGGUUUGCAGCGAACCAAACAUCAAGCAGUACCGUAUUCUGGGCGGAACACUGUGGGAUUCAUGGGUGCGGUCGAUCUUCAAGGCCGAUUUGUGGGCCCUAUGCCUAUUGAGGAUAUGCUGGAGUUGUUGCCAGUAGCGGAGCUAAGGACCAAAACCAUGCUGAAUUUCGCGCAUAAUUACUUCACUGCGUUGGAUGUACAGGGCGAGAAGAAAGAGAUGUCUGAUUCAUUAAUUCAACGUGUUAUAGCGAGUCAGGCUAUUCCUGGGUUCCAGCUGAUCAACUUGUCGAAAUAUUCUUACGGAGAUUCAGAGGCUUUGGUGCCGGAUGUGGUGGUGUACAAACAGAGCGUAACAGUUCCUCAAAACAACAUUGACUACACGGAGCUGGAGUUGGCUUUUGACAUUAGAAACACACGUGAAAGAGCCGACCCUUUUGAUUGUAGAGCCGUCAAGACCAUUGACUCAGAAGGCCAGUCGGAAUCUGAGUCUCAAUAUCCUUUCGAGGCUAGAGGCGACGCGAACAAGGUGUGUCGAAGGCGGAUAUGCAAUUAUGCGAAAAAGUGGCUCUCAGCUCAACACCGCGUGCAUUGCUACGUCGUGUAUGUUGGUGAUCCCUACACGCGGAUUAUUCGUUUUGACCGUGCGGGUGCGCUCGUCUCUGAACAGAUUAAUUAUCGGAUUGAUGGACAUUUACUUCUGGAAUUUCUCUGGCGACACUCUCAAACCACUGACGAAGCUCGUGGGCACGAUACAACGGUCAGAAUAGUGCCUCUGGACGAUGAGAAAGUUAAGCUGGCACAGAGUAAGCUGAACCAAUGGCGACCACAAAAUGAUAACGUCAAGGUUCUCGAAAUGGAUAUUCCAACAAAUGCUGGUGGGGUGGCACAUACAGUUUAUGUUUGGGGAGCCUUAUCAGAACCCUACUUGGUGACUGGAAGAGCGACUCGAGGAUACCCGGCGUGGGACCCCAAUCGUCCCGAGGGGGAGGACAUUGUCUUUUUGAAGGAUUCCUGGAGAUCGUGUGCGCAAGGCACGGAAAAGGAAACCGACAUACUUCAGAUUUUGAACAAACAUGGCGUUCGAAAUGUACCACAAUACCUCUACGGCGACGACAUUGCUGGCCACAUGACAAUCACCCAGGAUUAUGCCGCAGCGGAAUGGAAUGCAGGUGGAGUUACGAAGGAUAUUAUAAAGAGAGUGCACAUUCGGUUUGUCGAAGACAUCGUUGGUCUUCCUCUUUGGGAAUUCGAGAACCCAAAGCAGUUGGUUGAGGCUGUCCAUGACGCUGUAAUCGCCCACCAGGAUGCAUACCAGCUCUGUGGGAUUCUACACCGAGAUGUGAGCAUAGGAAAUAUCCUACGGAGGAGAGAUGGUGCAGGCGGGGUUCUGAACGACUGGGACCUCGCGGCGCGCUACAAUAUUGAAACACAUACUCCUCUCACGGACAAGAAGCAUCAAUCUCGGGCGGGAACUUGGCAGUUCAUGUCAAUAGGACUUCUCCGGGACCCGUCUAAGGUUCACUACUGCAUCGACGAUGCUGAGUCGUUUAUUUGGGCCCUUCUUUACUGCACUAUGCGUUACAUGAAGACCAGCAUUGUGCCUAUAAGGUUACAAAAUACCAUGGGAGAUCUAUUUGACCAAGUUAACCCAGGCGUACCAGGCGAAUUAAACACAGGCGGGGCAGGCAAACAAUCUUUCGUCACCGCCGAUCAUUCUAGCUUCAGAGACUUCGUUGUUAACGAAAAUGAACCACUAACGGAUCUCAUAGAUACCCUUUUUGAAGACAUUGUUUAUACAUACCGUUGCCAUCUUUUGGAGUUGCGCAAAUGCGUCAAACAGCUUAUGGUAAACCAACAAUAUACUUCCGAACAGGCUCACGAAAUCUUUGACCGCAAAACCAGCGAGUUAGGAGUACAGCUUUAUCAACUUUUGGAAUCAACUUUAAAGGAGUCCCUCAACAAGGAUUGGCCAAACAGUGAUCUCGGUUGGCACGACUACCUCGAACUGUUAAAGACCGCAAAUGCUAAAAAGCAUCCCGUUCACUCCGCAUUUAGUUCUGUUUUGGAUGGGUCUCCCUCGCGCCAACCAAGGAAGAGACAGAAGCAUUCCAAUGAUACGCCAUACCUUUCUUCCGGGUCUUCAUCUUUGGUGUCCCAGAUCAGACCCAACAUAUUCUAA